UCAAACCAAAAACAACAAUUGGGUAUGGUUCGAUGUUUCCAGAGUCCCCAACAAAACCUGAGGUUGUGGAGGAAUCAGUACGGUAUUUCAUGAAUGCUGCAGAAAGGAUUGGCCAGAAAGAUAUAGUUAUAACCAGUGAUCAAGCCAUAUAUGACAUAAUGAAGGGAUUGGUUGUCAAAUUCCCUGAUAUCUAUGGCAAUGUUAUCAUGAGGCUUGGUGGUUUCCAUAUCACAACAAACCAUGGCGGGGCAAUUGGAAAGUUCAUGAAGGAUGGUGGGAUUGAGGAUAUUUUGGAAAAUGCGACAAUUGUGAAACGCGGAACAGCCAACAAGGUGAUUUCUGGAAAGGAUUACUACAAAAUGGUAAGAUGUUUCUCUUUGGUUUGCGAAGCAAUGUUAUCUCUAAAAUGGGAUGCGUUUGAAUCAUUCAUAUCAGUGGAUGAUGACACUCAGGAAAUACUUUCACCAAUGGCAGAACUCCUGUUGAAGCUUGCUGAAACUCCAACAAAUGAGUUAGUUCAAGACAUAGCUGAAAUUCUUAACUCCGAUGACAUUCAAAAAGCAUGGGUUGAAUUCACAGCACAAUUGUCAUUAACUGGAAAAUAUUGGGACCAGUUUAUCAACAUGUCCUUGAUUCUUCUCCGGCAUAUUGAGGCAGAAAGAGCAGGAGACUGGCUAGGUCACCUUAACGCAGUGGAGCAGAUGUUGCCAUAUAUGGUUGCUGCAAAGCACCGUAACUAUAUGGCAUGUAUUCCACAAUAUCUAGCAGAGAUGAAUGCAUUGCCAGAGAGUCACCCAAAUACCCAUAAGGAAUUCAUGGAUGGUAAUUUUACGGUACACCGUACAGAAGGGUCCUUUAAUGGAUGUUGGACUGAUCUUGCUCUGGAACAAACUUACAACAAAGAUGGAAAAUCUGUUUUGUUCAAGGGAAUUACCCAGGAGCCAGCAGCAAGAGACAAAUACAUAAAAACUGUACCAUAUUUGACUGCAGUUUCAGAAGAUGUCAAGGCGAUGGUCCAUAUGGAAUCAUUCAAUUACAGAGAGACUGUAGAUACAGACAAGUCAAGCCUUGAGGAUUUGAACUGUGUGAAACGAAUACGGGAAACUAUUCUUACUGAUAUGAUAAAUCCAUUUGAUGCUGAUUGCAGUGAUAACAAUUCACUGUUGAACAUUUCUACUGGAGAGAAAUGCAAGUCAACUGACCUUGCAUUUGUUGCAGAAAAGGCCAUUGAAGCAAUCAAGGAAGCCAAGAAUGCUAAGGCAACGAAGAUAACGUCUCCUGAUAUAACAACAUUUAGCAAAUCUACACAAACAACAAAAAAGUCUUCAAUCACUAAACUUUACAAAGAUGAGGCAGAUGUUACAAGGACACUUUGUUUCGUAGCAUCAGACCAGAGUGUACAAUCAAGACAAGAGGCAUUCAGCCAUGAAUGGACAAGUUCCCCCUCUUCACUCUUUGAACCUGGUAAAGAAAAUGGAAAACCUAUCAUGAGAAAGGGUACAAAAUCUGAAUUCUUCAAUAAUAUUAUGAAAGAUACAGACUCUGAAGGAACACAUGCAUUGCCAGAAUCACCAGAUAAAACUUCCUAUCUUGUUGAUGCAAUGUCCUUUGUUCAGCGAUAUCGCAAUUUAGGUGCAGGAACUUUUGGAGACCUACAAGAUGCCUAUCUGGACAAAAUAUUGGAACUAGCUCCAAGAGGAUGCGAUAUCAUACAUUUUGUUGCCGAUAGAUAUGAUGUCCCAAAAAAUGAGAGUAUAAAACAAGAUGAGCGAAUGAGAAGAAAAGGAACCGGAAUUGCUCCUGAAUAUUGUCCAGCUGAGUCACUAUUGUUACCUGAUUGGACAAAACUAAUGAGUAAUGAUAAAAACAAAGAAAACCUCUUGGAAUUUCUUGCAAGAGAAUGGAUGAAACCAAAUGCUACAGCAAAACUUGGUCAAACAAAACUGAUAGUUGCAACAUCGAGAGUAGCAAGAUUGAUAUCAACAGAUGCAGUUACAGUAAUAGAUGACCUAUCAAAUACAGAUCAUGAAGAAGCGGACACUCUCCUUAUGGCCCAUGCCUACUACAGUGCCACAGAAUUCAAUGUUAAGCGUAUCUGUAUUCAAUCCGAUGAUACAGAUGUAAUGUUGCUUGCAAUGGUGCAUGGUUUUAAUUGUGGAGCAUCACUAUGGUGCUAUAGGAUGGGACUCUACAUUCCUCUGAGUGAAGUUUUAUGGAAACUGUCAGAGCAGCUAGGCCAAACACCAAAGCAAGUGGCAAACUGCUUAAUAGCAGUAUACUGCCUAACAGGUUGUGACACUGUGAGCUUCCUUUUUAACAGAGGUAAAAAAAGAGCUCUGAAAGUUACUUAUGAACUUAUAAAAAACAACUCCAUACCUACUUUGAUGCAGUUUCCCGAUGAUGAAGUCAAAGUCACAGAUGAUAUUGUAAAUGAAUCUCGUCUUGUCAUUGCAAGCCUUUAUGGGCGAGAACAUUUCAAAUCUCUUGAUACAUUACGAGAACAUGUAUUUGCGAAUUCUAAAAGUGACCUCCGCUCCCUACCCCCUACUGAAGAUGCCUUCCUUCAACAUACACACAGGGCUAUGUACCAACUAGCAAUAUUCAAGCUAGCAUAUAAAACUACUAUGAAUCUCCCAAGUGCAAUACAUUUUGGAAGAGAAAUCAAGGAUGGAUCUCUUGUACCAGUACUUAUGACCAAACCAUCAAAGCCAGACAAGAAACGUAUGUCCCUGGCAAUUUGCAAAUGCAAAAUGGCAAAAAGCAGCCAAGGUUUACUCUGUCAGAGAAAUUGCAAAUGCAAAGUUGCAAAUCAAGAGUGCAUUGCUGCUUGUCCAUGUGGCAAUCAACAAGACAAGUGUGCAUUAUUGGUCAACAUUUUAGGAUAGGAUGAGCUUCUCAGAACAAUUAGAAUGACUUUGAUAGAGAUAAAGAUUUUAAUUAUCUGAAAUAUGUGAAAUUGGAUGGCAUACGGUAGACCUUUACUUGUAAAAAUGACUAAAAUCAUCUGUAACAUAGAGAUCAGGAGAUGUCAACAAUCAUUUUCAUUUAUUUUGGCUAUUCUUUGAGCAUAUGAGAGGAAAUGUGAUAUUGUAAAGUGAUUAUGUAUUAUUCUAUUUUUGAGUGAUUUUUUGAAAAUGGGGUAGGGGAGCAUUUUUAUGUCUAAAAUGAACAUUUGUGUUUUAACACACUUCCCAUGCUCUCACUAUAAUAGAGACACAUAAUGAAGUAUAAAUGAUAUAAAAUAUAUCAACUAAUCACCAUGUAACUAAAAAUGUAAACGACAAAGUGUUAGUGCUGAAAGUGAAAAAUUGGCUAUUUUGCCCAUUUCAUUGUCAUUUCUUGAUCUAAGUGUGCUUAUAAAUGUUCUUGACAUUUGAAAAGCCUUAAAAUAUACAUACUAUUAACAUGCAAUAAUAAUCACAACUUUUUGAAGUCAUAAUUUGAAUUUAUCCAUUUCAUUAUAUUUUUUGCUGUUUUUUUAAGAAAUGGGGUAGGGGAGAUCUUGCACCGCUAUUAAGAACAUACAUUGUCCAACAUACAAUUUCUAUACCUCAAAUUGAAGAAGACAUGUUAUAGAAAAGAUUCAGUUAAAAAUAUACCACUCUGCCAACACAGAAUUAUAAUUAUGGGAAACUAUGUGAUACUGCUAAAAGCAAAAAUGCGUAGAAAAUGCCAAAUUUUGUCCUUAAAUGUCUUAUUUAUAGACACUAGUAUACUCAUGAAGGUCCUGAAACAUUUAAAAAGCAUCAAAUAAUACAUAGUAUUAAUAUUGAAUAGCUACAACUUUGUUUGAGUUGAGCAUUUUUGACUUUUUGUAGUUUCCAAUUUUAGCCAUUUUUCUCUACAAAAUUCAAGGUAUGUCUUCUUCUGACCAGUGUUUAAGAAUGUUCGCAAGAGUUAUAUGCUUCGCAGGCGAAAUAUCUUGUGGAGAAGACCCCAAUAGAAUGAAAAAUACACAGAAAUUCCAUCCAGCUCAUAAAGUCAUUUUUUGCAUUAUUCUCACACCUUCCACCCCGAGUAUACGUUCCUAAGUAAUAUUUUUAAAACUUUUUUUUUAAUUAAACAAAUCAGAGUCGUGUGAAUCAGAAAUAACAGAAUUAUUCAAAAGUAUAAGGACUAUUCUGUACUUUUUUCAAAAGUCUAUACUUAAAUGUUGUGAAAAGUUAUAAUCGAAAAACCAUCUUUCGGAGUAAAGUCCGUCUGCGCCGAUUUCAAUAACUACGUACUUGAUCAGAACUGGGUUCCAACAGAAUUCCUACACACUCAUGAAUGAAAUAGCCAUUGCAUGGAAUACUUACUUUUGUCAAAAUCAAAAUAGAACUCUAGUUAAAAAAUAUAUUGUGCUAAAUUAUUGCCAUUUCUUAGUAAAAUGUCAUUCUCCGGUACGUUGCCAAAAUUAUUC